UUCUCAAUUUCUUGGGAAGUAUUAGUAGCAUGGACUCUUGUCACUCUUGUGUGCACGUGAUGUACCUAAAUAAAUAAUUUCUGAAUGCUCGCACAAAAAUGUUGAAGUUUACAUUGAUUGGCUUUCUUAUGUUCUGUCAAAUUGCUCCAAUAUGGGCUUGCCAUGGAGGUGGCUCAUCUGAAGAAGACUUCUUCGUGCCCGUAACGAGCAAAAUGACCAAUCCCUACAAUAAGCAUAUCUGGUACGGCUGGGACGCACCGCCCGAGGCUAAAGGCGCCUGGGCUCAGUGGAUGGCGAAAUACCAACAGGCCAUAGCUGGGAAGGGCGGCCCCUACAAUCCCAGUAUACAUGAUAAGCCGUAUGGACAAGAUGUAAAAGACUGGCCUGCGGAUUGGGGUGUUCUGGGGCCACCUCGGGAUGGUAUGAUGCCGCCGCCGUGGGCAUACGUGCCAAAGAGGUCGGGCAAACCAGCGCUUUGCUAUGAUCCUCCGCUAUACGGCGAUUGCAGCUCAAAUAUAUACCGUUACGGUUACAACAGUUUCACUGAAGAAUGCCUUCAGUUCUCGUACUCGGGCUGCGGGGGCAACAUGAACAACUUCGUCGAAUGGGAGAGGUGCCGAGACACGUGCAUGGGCUCACCCAAGUUCGGAUGUAACGACGACUCCAAGAUACCGAUCGACACCAUCGUAGGGGCGCGCCGCUGCGGUUAUCAGGAUGACGUGCCCAAUGAUUAUUUGUCAGUAAGAGACUAUCCGGGUAGUAAGUAGUUGAUGUGUUUUCUAAUA